UCGGAUCUGAAGAAGGAGCUCAAUGAUAAAUUUCGUGAAAAGUUUCCAAGCAUUCAACUUACCUUGAGCAAACUGAGAAGCAUCAAAAGGGAAAUGCGUAGGAUUAACAAGUUGGAUUCUCGCAUUGAUCUGGUGACAAUUUCACAGGCCUAUGUCUACUUUGAGAAGUUAAUUCUGGCCAAUUUGAUCAACAAGAGCAAUCGUAAGCUGUGUGCCGGCGCCUGUUUGAUUCUCAGUGCCAAGAUGAAUGACGUCAAGGGAGAUGCACUGAAGAGUUUGCUUGAGAAGACGGAGAAUGUGUUUCGCUUGAAUCGCAAGGAGCUCAUCUCCUCGGAGUUUGCUGUCCUCGUCGCCUUGGAGUUUAGUCUGCAUGUGCCAAUGCAUGAGGUGUUGCCGCAUUAUCAGCGACUACUCUACGAAUCCUAG